GUUCAGAGCCGCAGAAGAAUCAGCAUUUGACAACUGAGAACAAAUACGUCAAGCACAGGGCUGCUUCUCCUCCAUCCGCUGCAUAUUAAGACUCCAGUCUCAGAAAUGGCCGAUGUUUUCAGAAGCCUGAAUCUCCUUGAGACCCUCAAAGAGUCCAUAGAGCGCAAUAAGUUAUCAGAUGUCAAGGAUGCAGUCGAAGAUCUCCUGAUCAGCCGGAUCAACUUAGCUGUUAUAGGGGACCGUGGGGAUGAAAAGGCCACCUUCAUAAACUCCCUACGUGGCCUCAGCUCUGGGGACGAUGGAGCGGCUCCGUCUCAAUCCCCCGUCGCCCUGGACGAGGUGGCAGGCUACCCAAACCCUAAACACCCGGACUUUCGCCUGUGGGAUCUGCCACCUGCGCCAUCCACCUCUCCAUUUGAACCCCAGGGAUACAUGGACCGAGUUAGGUUCGCACGCUACAAUGCCGUCUUCAUGACAUUCAGCCAGGUGCCCCAAGCCAACAGUGUGGCGGUGUUCCUCGAGGCCCGGUCACAACAGCGACAAACGGUGUACUUUAUUCUCUUAGCUUUUGCAAAAAGCACUGAAAAAAACCUAGAGCAAAUGAGGAAAGCCAGUUUAGAAGUGCUGACAUCACAGGGUGUGGCACUGCCUAAAGUCUACCUGGUGCGACCCUGGGCCUUGGAGAAGUUGGACUUCCCCGCCCUGUUGGAGGACAUGGGUAGAGACCUUCCAGAGAUCCGAGCCCAUGCACUUCUCCUGGCUCUCCCCACGCUUACCUCCAACCUGGUCACUCAGAAAAAGGAGGCGUUCAAAGCACUCAUAUGGGCAGCGGCCUCGCUAUCCGGAGGGGUGUCAGCUAUCCCCGUUCCCUUUGUAGCCUCCAUGGUGGACUGUAGCGUAGCGCUGCGGAUCCUAAGCAAAGCACAAUUGUCUCUGUGCCUGAACGAUGAAUCGGCUGAGCAACUGGCCCGACAGCGGGGGCUGGACCCCACAACACUCAAAGCGCUGCGGACCUGUGUUCUGUCAGUGGAGGUCACUAGGGGUGAAGUGAAAAGGCGCCUGGCGGCUGCAGAGACAGACUUGGCCACGGUUUCCUCAAAGCUGGUGGAGAUGGCGAUGCCCAGACACGCCCGCUCGGCCAGCCGCUCCUUCGCUGCCAUGCUGCAAGCUUUGAACGGUGCCAUCGACGAAAUGGCGGCCGAUGCCGAGAAGAUUGUGGACGCUGCUAUUGGUGAAGGAAAGUGA